CUUAUUGUCUCUUAUUUGUUCGCUUUGUAUACUUUCCACCUCAGCAUCAGUGAAUGAAGUGUAUGAACAUGAAUGGACAGGAAUGACAAGUUUAUCUUCAACAGUGAUGACAUAAAACUAUAACUCCUGGCAUGUGGAAAUCCCGAUUAGAGAUGUCCCCAUCCCACUGUGUAGGUUAAGGGAAGAUCCACCAGCUACAGAUAAGAGCUACGGAUAAGAGGAUUUGAGGAAUUAAUGUCAUUCUUUUAUUACUGUAUAAGUUCCUGUUGAUUUAUGUUUGGGUUACAAAGCACCACCGAGCCAGAGUGUGUCGACAACAGCGACCAGACACAUGCUGACACACACAAUCAGCCCAAGUAUGCGGUGAUGAAUGCUGAAUAUAUGCUCUAAUAUGAUCAAACAAACUAGAUUUCAGAUUUGCGAUUGUACUGGGAGAUGUGGGAACAUCAGCAGAUACGGUAACGUUUCCCAGUGCCGUCUCAGCUGAGGUUUGCUUGGGAUGGCCAGGACCCAGGAACCAUCCCGUCUUGGCUCCGUGGAAGAUUUCUGGACCACAGCUACAGACGAAGGGAAACAGGUCUUCCAUCAUUGUGUCUGGACAUGAAGCUGGUCCUGCUGACUCUCAGACUGCUGUGCCUCGCUUGUCUCUGGCCUGUCACCUUGCUCAACAUCCCCUACCCUAACCGGAAGAAAAACAAGGAUGUUUACUUGGCUGAACAUGGCAAAAACAGAUUACGAGGACGGAUUGACUACAAAUUAAAGAGAAAGGACAGCACUAAGUCCCUCCUGAUCAAAACUGAACAGCUGCUAAGAAUCGAAGACCAUGACUUUGCCAUGAGGCCUGGUUUUGGAGGAUCUGCCAUCCCUGUGGGCAUUGAUGUGCAGGUGGAGAGUAUAGACAGCAUCUCUGAAGUAAACAUGGACUUCACAAUGACCCUGUAUCUGAGGCAUUAUUGGAAGGAUGAACGGUUGGCUUUUCCCUCCAGUAACAAUCUGAGCCGCACAUUCGACGGCCGGCUGAUAAAGAAGAUCUGGAAACCUGAUGUCUUUUUCGUCCAUUCCAAGCGCUCCUUCAUCCAUGAUACCACCAUGGAGAACAUAAUGCUGAGGGUCUACCCAGACGGCAACAUCCUUUACAGCGUCAGGAUUACAGUUACUUCUCUGUGCUCAAUGGACUUCAGUAGAUUCCCACUGGACACUCAGAACUGUUCCCUGGAAUUGGAGAGCUAUGCAUAUGCUGAGAACGACCUCAUGUUGUACUGGAAAAAUGGUGAUGACUCUUUGAGGACAGAUGAGAUUGCCCUCUCUCAGUUCUUCAUUGAAGAGUUUCACCCGUCACACGGUCUGGCUCUGUACAGCAGCACGGGCUGGUACAACAGGCUCUACAUCAACUUCAUCCUCAGAAGACAUAUAUUCUUCUUUAUGCUGCAAACUUAUUUUCCUACAAUGCUGAUGGUUGUGCUGUCCUGGGUGUCUUUUUGGAUCGACAGGCGGGCAGUGCCAGCCCGUGUCUCGCUUGGCAUCACAACAGUGUUGACUAUGUCCACCAUAAUUACGGGAGUGUCAGCGUCCAUGCCUCAGGUAUCAUAUGUGAAAGCGGUGGACAUCUAUUUGUGGACCAGCUUCCUGUUUGUGUUUCUGUCCGUCAUUGAGUACGCAGCUGUCAAUUACUUCACUACUAAGGAGGAAAUGAAGAAACUCAAGCAAUUAAAGCUCUCGGGAUAUGAUGCAUCUCAAGCCAUGGCAUUUGAUGGCUGCUUUCAUGACCAGGACAUAGAGCUCAGCGCAUUUCCACUCUCUGACCUAAACACAGACACAUGCAUAUCCUCCCAGAACUCCACAACACCCGACCUCCCUCCCGUUCUGGGCACACGCCUCCGUCGGCGGCGUUCUGUCCGCCAAAGUGUCAACCAUAUCAUGAGCAACAGUUACAAGAUCGACUCCUAUUCCAGAAUAUUCUUUCCUUUGGCAUACUUUCUCUUCAAUAUCAUCUACUGGAGCAUCUACUCCUAAAGCAAGAGAGAAUGUUAUCCAGAAAACCAGCUCUGAGUUUAUAAGACUCUCAUACACUUUGACUGCUUGAAUGUGAUCACAUGCCACAAUGAUAAAAUUCAAACUCACACACACAAACAAACACAUCUGUAUCAUAGACAAAAAGUUAUAAAUUAUUUAUUAUGUUAGAAUCUCAGAAUCCUUACUCUACCUAAAAUGUGCAAAUGUGAAAUUUUCAUAAAUUCAUAAAACUACAAAAUUGUUAAAUAUAUAUCUAUAUCAAAACAUGAUAAACAAUAUUACUAUUAUACUAUAUUUUGCCUAAACAGAACCCUUACACUACUCAAAAAUAAUA